AUGCCACUGAUUUCUGUGGACAAGAGCAACUGCUCGCUGAUAUCGCAUGUGCCACUGAUUUCUGUGGACAAGAGCAACAGCCCGCUGAUACCCCAUAUGCCACUGAUUUCUGUGGACAAGAGCAACUGCCUGCUGAUAUCGCAUGUGCCACUGAUUUCUGUGGACAAGAGCAACUGCUUGCUGAUAUCACACGUGCCACUGAUUUCUGUGGACAAGAGCAACUGCCCGCUGAUACCCUACGUGCCACUGAUUUCUGUGGACAAGAGCAACUGCCUGCUGAUAUCGCAUGUGCCACUGAUUUCUGUGGACAAGAGCAACUGCUUGCUGAUACCCCAUGUGCCACUGAUUUCUGUGGACAAGAGCAACUGCCUGCUGAUAUCGCAUGUGCCACUGAUUUCUGUGGACAAGAGCAACUGCUUGCUGAUAUCACACGUGCCACUGAUUUCUGUGGACAAGAGCAACUGCCCUGGAUUCUCUCAAUCUGAAACCUUGUUUAACCAGAAAAGAAAAAAACAUUACACAGAACCAGGACUGCAUGUCUAUCACAUCAAAACUUCAAUGGCCGUAUUAUUAUUACUAUGUGAACAUGAGCUUAUACAUGUCAUAAUAUUAUAUUUGAGAUAUCUACACACAAAACACUCUCAUGCAAGAUGA